AGCAGAUUACGAAUAAUUUAUCACAUAUCGACUCGAAAGAUACUUUUGGUGUUUAUAGCUUGUUAGGUCGGAUUUCUGAAAAUGUAAAAGUUUAAACAUCAUUAUUUAAAGUUAUAGAUACAUGGGUAUGACGUCAAUUGUGAUAAAAACAAAGUGGCCACGAGCCGCCGGCCCUGUUCUUCAUCACAAAAUCUUAAAUAAAGACAAACAGAAAAUGAGAAUUGUACGUUCCGGUGGUUAACGAAUAUGCGAUUUCUCGGAACAUACCGUCAAUUUAUUUGAGGAGAGAUAAUUUUGCUUAUAUGAUGGGUAACAACCCUUCACGUGGCAUUCAAAAAAGCAAACAAGAAAUUCAGUUUCAAAAGUGGAAAUAUCUUGGUCAUUCUGUCAAGCAUGGAAAACUGUUGUCAGAAUUGUGUUAUCUUGAAUCAGAACAUAUUGGCAAUUUACGUGUAAUUUUCUCGGACAGAUUUAGCCUUGGCAAAGGAAGCAGUGGAACCGAUGUCUUUCUUGGACUGACAAAGGAUGGCUACGGCAAAGCAGUAAAACGAAUGCGUAGAAAUAACUACCUACAGCCUGCACAGCACGAAAAAAAAGUUUUAAAUGAAUUUAAUGCAAGGGAGUCGAAAUAUGUUGUGAAUUAUUACUUCUUAGAGGAAGAUACUGGAACGGACUAUGUUUAUUUAAUAUUAGACUUAUGCGAAGAAUCAUUGAAGCAGUUUGUGGAAGAUUCUACCAUAGAAGAUCUUCAAAAAGCUCUUCCUAAUAUUCUUAGACAAAUUUUAAAUGGAUUAACUGAUCUUCAUACUGACCCAAAUCCUAUUCUUCAUCGCGAUUUGAAGCCUUCCAAUGUUCUCCGAGACUCGCAUGGCAAAUUUUUGAUCGCGGACUUUGGAAUUAGUCGAAUAUUGAAUGAUGAAUUUAGCACAUAUGAAAGCAAAGCUAACACGGGAACUGAGUAUUGGAUUGCUCCUGAGUCAUAUCGGGAAGAUAAAGACACAGUAGAUAAAGGACGUUACAAAAAAGAAUCUGAUGUAUAUAAUGCCGGAAUGGUGGCUUAUUAUGUUGCAACAAAAGGGCAACAUCCUUUUGGAGUGACACGUUAUAGAUUGGACAACAUGUUGAAAGGAAACCCUGUUGGCUUGGAUGAAAUCAAGAAUGAAACGCUGAAAGACCUUUUGAUGUGGUUGUUAAAUCGUUUGCCGGAAGACAGGCCAUCUGCCAACGAGGCGUUGAAACACCCAUUUUUUAUGUCAGAUGACGAGAAAUUUAAAAUGUUAUGUGAAGUUGGGAACCAACUGUCAAUUAAGACAAAUGAUACCCAGUCAAGAGUGGUCCAUCAAACAAAUAAUGAAUCUUCAGACUGGAGAAGUCAAAUUGAUAGUGAUGUAUAUGCUUAUUUUACAAAACAUGAGGUGAUUGGAAAAAUUCGUAAGUAUGGAUCUUCUUGGACAGAAUGCUUGAGAUUUAUUCGAAACUUUGGGCUGCAUUGGAACUAUCGACCUUGGCCUGGACCAAAACCAUAUGAUAAGAUUGGCGAUCACAAGUUGUAUUUUCUCAAAACAUUCCCUGAUCUCCCUGUUCGGGUGCACGCAGCUAUCAGGUCAAAUAAAAAAUUAAAAAACAAUUCAGAACUUAAAGAUAAGGAUAAAAAUGACAAAGAAAAAAGUUGUAUGAACGGAAAUGGAAUGCCCGCUAUUUCAGAGGAAGAAACUUCUGUUUUUGAUAUUUCACAUAUCGUCAAAGAUGUGGAUGAGGCAGGGCAAGGUCACAAUGGAUCAACAGAGAAAUUUGCUGAGGAAUGUGACAAUGGAUCAACAAAUCAAUUGGCUGAGGAAGGUGAUAAUGGAUUAACAGAGAAAUUGCCUACAGGAGAAGAGAUGAUGAUGGUUGACAAAUUGAGUCAAAGUGAAGGAGUUGAGACGAAGAUGACAGAAAGUUUGAUAGUAAAUGGUGAAGAUUCACUGCGUCAAAGAUCACACAAUGCAGAGGGUGUUUCAGCAAAAAAUGUGUUACCAGAAGGGAAGAUGACAGAUAAAGAACAAAAAGAAAGUUAUUUAACAUUGGAAGACCAAAUCAAAGGAGUGUUGUAUGGAAAUUGUAUUGGAGAUGCCAUUGGAGUGCUUACUGAGGUCAUGAGUAAAAAAGACGCUCAUGAGUUCUAUGGUGGAUAUAAAAAUCUUGAAUAUACCAUGAAGAUACAUGAUUCACAUCGUGCAAGAUGGAAAAUUGGAGAUUGGACUGAUGAUUCUGAUCAAAUGAUUUUAAUUCUUCGAACAUUGGUGAAAAAUAAUGGAAGUUUCAAUGUGAAGGAUUUUGCAAAAAAUUUGUAUGACUGGGUGUAUUAUGGAUAUAAAGAACUCGGUGAUAAUGGUGGCAAUGGUUUGGGCGGUACAACAGCUACAGUCCUUCAUCACCCCUUAUUCUUGGAUGAUCCCUACAAGGCAGCAACAGAUGUCUGGGAAAGUAGCGGCAAAUUUUUGGCACCAAAUGGUGGUGUGAUGAGGACCUCUAUAAUAGGAACAUUAAAUUUUACGAACCUGGAGAAAGUUAAAGAGAUGACAAGAGAUGCUUGUCUUGUUACACAUGCUGAUCCACGUUGUAUUGCGUCAUGUGUUGCUGUAACCAUAGCAAUUGCUUUAAUGUUGCAACGUAAAUAUUUGUUAAAUAAUGGAAAACAAGAUGUUGUAACAAUUACGAUGAUAGCAUAUGAUCACGCCGAGAAAGAAAUUGUUGAUGAAGGACAUAUUAAUGAACUGAAACACCAUAUAUCUGCUGAAACACCUCAACAACUUAAGUUAGAUGAUCGUAAGAAAAAUGGUUAUACGUUCAAAUGUAUGGGUGCUGGAUUCUGGGCCCUAAGGCAAAACGAUUUUAGGAGAGCAAUUGAAACGCUAGUAAUGGAGGGAGGUGAUGCUGAUACUAACUGUGCUGUCGCUGGUGCGUUACUUGGCUGUAAAUUGGGUUUUAAAAAGCUUCCUCAAUCUUGGGUGAAUGGUCUUUGUCAUGGACCUUGGUUGGAGAAGGAAGUGAACAAAUACCUUUCGCUCAUUGGAAAACAACACAAUGUUAAUAAAAUGUAACAUUUAACGAUGUUUCACUCCUUAAAUGUAAUUUUUGAAUUAUAUAACUGUAAUAUCGACGAUAAAAACUUAACAAAUAAACAUUUAUAACCAUA